AUGCCUGGACUCACUGUACGACCUGGCCCAGUCAGUGGCAUGGGAGCCACGAUAGAAACCACGAACCUCGACAACCUGAGCGACAAUGAUUUCCAGGAACUCCGUGAAGCUCUCUACCGCCACAAUGUCAUCUGCAUCAAACAACAAAAGGGCUUCUCAUCGCGCGCCCAAGCAGACCUCACACGCCGCUUCGAUCCAAAAGCAACUUCCUACGGCCACGGUAAAACCAUCGACGCGAAGCGCUCCAUUCUGCACCCCGACCUGAAGACAGUCCCCGCCCACCCCGAGGUCCAGAUCAUCGGCAAUGGCCACAUCGCUGAGUACGAAGGCCUCCACGACUUCAAGUUGAAGCACCCACACCACCGCACAUUCCACAAGUCCGCGAUUCCAGACGAGCUCGACCUCGACUACACCCGCUUCUACCGCUGGCACAUUGACGCCGCGCUCUUCGGCUCCCUCAACCCACCACUCGUCACCUCCCUCUUCGCCGAAAAGGUCCCUGCCGGACGUACACAGACCGCGCUCUACGAUGAUGACAGCGACCAAUCCCUACAGGUCCCCCUUGGCACCACAGCGUUCGUAUCCAGCUACACCAUGUUCGACCUCCUCUCCCCAGCACAGAAAGCCUUCGCCUUAGGAACAAAAGUCGAAUACGCACCGCACCCCUACGUCUGGAUCUCGACCGCCAAGUCCCGCCAGAAUGGGCUGGGUAUGGUUUCCGAAGGGCUUGAGACGCCUGUCUCUGACUUGCCUGCGUACGAAGAGUCUGACGUUCAGAUCUUGCCUAUGGUCUGGCAGAACCCUGUAACGGGCCAGCUUGCGCUACAGAUCCAUCCCUCGCCAGUGCGGAAACUGUACUGUGCUGAUGGGCGCGUCGUGGAUGAUCUCGAGGAAGUGCGAAGAAUCGUCUAUGAGCUUCAACGGCCCGGUAUUGCACCGGAACACGUUUAUGCGCACGAUUGGGAGGAGGGUGAUCUGGUAUUGUUCAACAACCACGGUGUUCUGCAUAGCGUUGUUGGUGCCUUCCGGGAGGAUGAGGUCAGGCUGUUUCGGCAGUGUAACUUGGCGGCUAGUAAGCCGCCGAUGGGUCCUGAAGCAUUGGCGUAG